CUUCAUCCACAUCACACAAACCCUAAAAAUCCAAACCCAGAAAGGUCUCCUCUUUGUUCUUCCUUAAACCCUAAUGAAUCCCACACAAAAUCCUUCUCUUCCUCCAAAUGGACUCCUCCGCGGACUCCACCACUGCCACCGGCGGCGACACGUCACCCUCUCUCGACGGCCUCAGCUUCUGGAAGUACAUGGCGGCCGGAUCUGUCGCCGGCAUGGUUGAGCACAUGGCGAUGUUCCCCGUCGACACUCUCAAGACUCGAAUGCAAAUGGCCGGAGCCACCUCUCCGCCGCCUCUCCCCGGCCACUCCGCCGCCCAAUUCAGCCGCUUCUUCGCCUCAAUCGUCCGCACCGAAGGUCCCCUCGGCCUCUACCGCGGCAUCGCCGCCAUGGGCCUCGGCGCCGGCCCCGCCCACGCCGUCUACUUCUCCGUGUACGAGACCUGUAAACAGAAACUCGGCGGCAACAGACCUGGCCACCACCUGCUGGUCCACGCCGCCUCUGGCGUCGUCGCGACCACCGCCAGCGACGCCGUGUUGACUCCGAUGGAUGUGGUGAAGCAGAGGUUGCAGCUGCGAAGUAGUCCGUAUGGAGGAGUGAGAGAUUGUGUGGUGAAGAUGUUUAGAGAGGAAGGGAUUAGGGCUUUUUAUGCUUCGUAUAAGACUACGAUCGUAAUGAAUGCGCCGUUCACGGCGGUGCAUUUCUCUACGUACGAGGCGUUGAAGAAGUUCUUGAGCGAGGUGUCGCCGGAGAAUGCUAGUGAGGAAAGGAUUUUGGUUCAUCUCACGGCUGGCGGGGCUGCCGGAGCUUUGGCGAGUGCCGUCACCACUCCAUUGGAUGUUGUGAAAACAAGAUUACAAUGUCAGGGUGUAUGUGGAGCAGAUACCUUUAGCAGUGGUUCAAUUCACAUAGCUCUUCGGCAGAUAGUGGCAAAAGAGGGUCCCCAAGCUCUGUUACGAGGCCUGAAACCCAGAGUAUUAUUCCAUACACCUGCAGCAGCAAUAUGCUGGUCUACAUAUGAGGCUAUGAAAAAUUUCCUCCACCAUGAAUGCCCUUCUCUCUCCCAGCCCUAAAUGCGCUAUACAACUCUUGGCGAGCUGUUUGUGCUCCAGAUCUUGAGUCAUAUCCCAUGACUGCCGACCUCAAGGAGCCCUUGCACGAGCCAUGGUGUGGCAGUAUGUCAUUUUUUCACCUGCAUUAUUUGUGGCCAAAUAUCCCUAUAGGUCAUGUUGUCUUGUAAUUUCAUUAUUCCAUAGUACUACUUUAUUAUAAGCAAUAUAGUCAAUAUUUUUUGCAAGUUACGGAGGGAGAGGGCAAGUAAUUGUUAGGGCAGUCCUGACCUCUCAGUGCGGAGGCUAGAUUUGAAAUGGGAAUUUUCAUUGAUUGUAGUUAUUGUCACAACUUUUUUUUUUUUUUUUUUUUUUUUUUAUUUUUUUUUUUUUUUUUUUUUUUUUUUUUAAAUUUUACAUAUUUUAAGUUAUUCAGUUGCUCUCCCAAUUCAGGGAACACGUCCAACUUUUCCUUUCCCAGUUGUAGAACUAUGAAGGGAGAAUAUGCUAAACUUGAGAAAGAUCUCCCCUUUGGAUGAAGAGAGAACUUGGAUAUUAUUUUCAACUGUUGUGCUUGAAGAAUGAAAAGGUUGUUCGAUUUUUAUGCUAGUUGAACC